AUGUGUCACGAACAAAGCGCUAUCGCUUCGUCUGAAGUGAAACAACGACUCCAAGAGUUUGUUUUGAGCAAAAAACAGAGAGAAGCGGCCGCAGCCAACAGUGCCAACAACUCGCCGCCCACUCCCGGCACAAGAAACUGGCAACCAAUUAUUGGAAAAUAUGAGAACGACUUCCCCCUCCGAAAAACAGCGUCUGAGCCGAACCUAAAAGUGCGGUCUGUCUUAAAGGCGAAAGUGAUUCAACGCCGCAGUUCUCCACUCCUCAGGAGAAAAGACAAGGCAUCCCCUCUCAAGAGGAGAUCCACUCUCACAAGUAAUGGUAUACCAGAAUGUCUAUCAGAGUCACCGCCCAGUGGUUCCAAUCAUUCGAGUUUUCAAUCCAGUGCUGGCAGUACUCCUAUUCAAGAGGAACCGAGUCAUUCACCAUUCAGCUCAUUAAAUCAGGGAUCCGUUUGUGAUCUAACUCUCUAUUCAUCGCCUUCUCUACCAAAUAUAUCGCUCGGUAGACCUCAUGUGCCCAACACUACCACCAGUACUGCGAUUCACUCAGAGUCAGGAAAGGCCAUCACAUCCGUUAGCGAGACUCAAAUGCGAGGCCUGAGAUUCGCGAUGCCAAUGAACACCAUUCACGCCCACCACUCGUCAUCUGGUCUACCCUUUUAUCCCUCAUUGCCAGUAAUUGAGGGCGAGUUUACACCGCCUACGAGUCCGGGUUAUAUACAGCAACAGAUGAAAGUUCUGGAGCAGACCAGAGUCUCACAACCCAUACCAAUAAGUCAGUCCAGUGCUGUCACUUCCAUCACUGGAACCAUAUAUCCAUAUCCACCGGGAAGUGUGCUAACGGACUCGCAAGUGGCUCAGGCGAGGCUUCAGAGGAGUCUUCAGCGGCCAUUGGGUCGGACACAGAGCGCUCCCCUGCCGUUGGGUCAUCCUAUGCUACAACCGGGCGCACAGGGAAUCAUAUUAUCGCCGCAACAAAGUGAACAAUAUUAUCGCGAAAAACAACUCUACGAACAACAGCAUCGAAAUCUUGUCAAACAACACAUCCGGCAGACAGUCCUCACCAGAGCCUCGUCUAAGGGUCAGGUCGUGGAGAAUGUGGAGGAAGAGACGGAGGCAGCCGUUGCCCAAGAGAUGAAAGACUCGUUGUUGGAAAUUCAUCACGAGUUGCCGGUCGGUCCCGACGGUGUCAUGGAUUUGACCGCUUCCAGCAAACGAUUGGCCGCUUGUGAUACGGAAAUGGAUCGACAGCAUAGAGAACGAGAGGCAUUCCUUCAACAACAGCGCGAUCUCAUGUCACCGCGACUCGAGUCCAAUACAGUGAGUCUAUUGGGCCCUCACUCUCGUCCCGGCCAUCACCCGCACCCAAACCGGCCGCUCUCCAGAACACUGUCCAGUCCUUUAGUGACGCUCAGCCCUAAUGGCGGACACGAAACGUAUACUGUCUCCACGCGUCACGUGUUUACAACGGGACUCGUUUACGAUAGUCUUAUGCUUAAACAUCAGUGUAUUUGUGCCGACAAUUUCCAUCAUCCCGAACACGGAGGACGUCUUCAAAGCAUUUGGGCUCGACUUCAAGAGACAGGUCUGGCCGCCAGGUGUGAGAGAGUGAGGUCCAGAAAAGCCACGUUAGAAGAAAUUCAAUUAUGUCACAGCGAAGCUUAUUCUUUGCUCUUCGGAACGAAUCCAUUAAAUCGUCAAAAACUGGACGCAUCUAAACUCGCUGAUCUUCCGAUAAAGAGUUUUGUGAUGUUGCCGUGCGGUGGGAUUGGCGUCGACUCCGACACCACUUGGAAUGAGUUACACACUUCAGGUGCCGCACGAAUGGCCGCCGGAUGUGUCGUUGACCUGACACUCAAAGUGGCCACAGGAGAGUGUAAGAACGGGUUCGCAGUGGUCAGACCUCCCGGCAGUCACGCCGAACACCAACAGGCGAUGGGUUUCUGUUUCUUCAAUUCAAUCGCAAUCGCUAUAAAACAGUUACAAUUGAAGCUGAAGAUGGAAAAGAUACUGAUAGUGGACUGGGAUGUGCAUCACGGCAACGGUCUUCAGCAGAUGUUCUACAACGACCCGCACGUGCUGUACAUCUCACUGCACCGACACGAUGACGGCAACUUCUUCCCCGGAACCGGUGAUCUCCAAGAGGUCGGUGUUGGCGAAGGCGUCGGCUUUAAUGUGAACAUUGGUUGGUGCGGCUCAUUGAGCCCACCCAUGGGUGACGCCGAAUACUUGGCCGCAUUCCGGGCUAUUGUGAUGCCCAUCGCACGAGAAUUUAAUCCCGAUAUAGUUAUGGUGGCCUCUGGUUUCGAUUCAGCCAAAGGCCAUCCGCCGCCUUUGGGUGGAUAUCAAGUGUCGGCCAAUUGUUUCGGUUAUUUGACCCAACAGUUGAUGACUUUGGCCAAUGGAAAAGUGGUGAUGUCUCUCGAAGGAGGAUAUGAUUUGCCGUCAAUAUGUGAUUGUUCUCAAGAGUGUGUUUCAGCGCUUCUCGAGGACGAGGUAUCGGCUCUUAAAGAAGAAGAGAUGACACGAACUCCCUGUCAGAAUGCCAUAGAACUGCUUAAUCGUGUCGUUUCCAUACAG